GUCAACUUGAAUAAACAAGUUCCAAAGGCGUUUUAGAGUGAAAAGAAAAAAAAGAAAAAAACAGAGGAAGAUGGCAGAAGCAGGAAGCAGCAUUAACAGAGGAGCAAGAUGGUCUCUCAAUGGAACGACGGCUCUCGUCACCGGCGGCACCCGUGGGAUCGGGCACGCCAUAGUGAGUGACUUGGCCGCGUUUGGCGCUGCUGUGCACACUUGCUCCAGGACCCAAACAGAGCUCAACAAAUGCUUACAAGAGUGGCAGAGUCUGGGCUUUCAGGUAACUGGGUCGGUGUGUGACGUGUCCUCACCAUCCCAGAGAGAGAAGCUCAUUGAGGAAGUCACUUCCAUCUUGAAUGGCAAGCUUAACAUCUAUGUGAACAAUGUUGGAACAAACUUUAGAAAGCCAACCAUUGAGUACACUGCUGAAGAAUAUUCACAGCUUAUGACAGUUAAUUUAGACUCCUCAUUCCAUCUGUGCCAACUUGCAUAUCCUCUUCUGAAAGCAUCUGAAAAUGGAAGCAUUGUGUUUAUUUCAUCUGUUGCUGGUGUGGUGAGCUUGGGUACUGGAGCUGUUUAUGCAGCAAGUAAAGCUGCAAUUAAUCAGCUUACAAAAAACCUGGCUUGUGAAUGGGCCAAAGACAACAUAAGGAGCAACUGUGUUGUACCAUGGGCAACCAGAACCCCACUUGUAGAACAUUUGUUGAGAGACCAAAAGUUUGUGGAUGAUAUUAUGUCUCGAACUCCGAUUAAACGUAUAGCAGAACCCGAAGAAGUGUCAUCGUUGGUGACUUUCCUUUGCUUGCCUGCUGCUUCUUACAUCACUGGACAGGUUAUUUGUGUUGAUGGAGGAUUAACGGUGAAUGGAUUUCAACCCAGCAUGAGAAUUACCUGAAAUUACUUUCCUUCCAUCUUUGUGGGAGUAGAACAACGAUUCUCAUUUGAUUUCAACAUGUGUGUGACAAGCCAUGUCAAUUUCGUUUUUUCUCCCUUCUAGUUGCAUAUGAAAAUGAAUGGCCUUAUUUAAUUCAUAUGAACAACUUAUAUAAUAAAUGGAACAUCCUAUUUAAUAGUACUA